UUCUUGGGGAACUACUAAGAGUUACUACGGUCUGAGUUGCAUAGGCCUGUAUAUUGGCCCGGUCACAUAUACAUUGGUAUGGACUAACAGCAGAUUAAUUAAUCUGGUAAUAAAGGAGCAGUUAUGCAUGAGUAGAAGUGAUGGACUGCUUGAAGUACAUUUAGCCGAAUAGGCCGUUAGUGUACAGAAGUAAGAUUCUAAAUUCGGGGUUUUGACGUGAUAUGUUGCUUUAAAACAGUUUAGUCGAAAGAUCGCUGUUCUUGGCGAAGAGGUUUAUUUUGAAGGGCAGUAUGUGUCAACCAAGUGACUAGAGCGGAGUAAGGGGUCCCACUAUGGGAUUAUGGGACAGAGACUGUUGUGUUCUUCACUGCUGCAGUAAAGUAUUGCUACUAAUAUAGGGUGAGUACUUCAUUUAUCAACGCGGUUCUGUAAUAACACACGGAGACCAGGCUUGUCGUCAGACGGUGUACUUUUUACUGUGAAAGUCAGGAACAUAACAAUGCAGGCAUAACAAAUCAAGUCAUGAGCAACCAAUCAGCAGCAGUGAAACAAUGUUGAGCACCGACUGCUCGAUGAAAUCCACCACAGAGACAGCAUGGACAAUGAGAGAGGUUGCUCAUAGUGGACCCGCGUUGUUUCUGCCUUGUGAGGGGAAGAACGGCAGCUUGAAUUUUAUACACUUGAUUACUGGCUCCGCGAUGAGUAAAAAGCUGCUGGUGGAUGUAGACUGUGGCGUGGACGAUGCUCAGGCCAUCAUGUUGGCGCUGGCUACCCCCGGCGUGGAGAUCCUGGGCAUUACCUGUGUGCACGGAAACACCACAGUGGAGAAUGUGUGUAAGAACACACUGCGUGUUCUGCAAGCCUGUAAUAAACUUGAGAUUCCAGUUUUUAAAGGCGCUGAUAAGCCGGUCCUUGGGAAGAGCAUUCAAGCAUCAAGCUUCCAUGGGCAGGACGGACUGGGAGACGCUCCUGAUCCCAACGCUCCUGGUCUGGACCUGGUUCAGAAGGAGGGCGCUGUGGCAGCUAUGAUCAGGAUUGUCAGUGAAAACCCAGGACAGGUGUCUCUGGUCGCCACAGCACCACUUACCAACCUGGCACUUGCUGUGAAGAUGGAUCCGUCCCUGCCGAGCAAACUGCGAGGGCUCUACAUCAUGGGAGGCAACACUGAGUCUCGAGGAAACACCACAGUGUGUAGUGAGUUCAAUUUUGCUGUGGAUCCAGAAGCUGCUUACAUUGUACUUAAUGACUACCAGUGUCCCAUAUACCUGGCCUGCUGGGAGUUUACCUGCUACAGCAAGCUGCCCUGGGAGUUUUGUGAUACCUGGCUGGCGCAGGACACUGAUAAAGCUCGCUUCAUGGAACGGAUCUUCCGCCACAGCAUUGAGAAAUCGAAAACCCAGCGCUUCCAGAAAGAGUUAACUGAUGGCGAUGGUUUUGUUUCCUGUGACUCCUAUGCCAUGGCAGCUGCUGUAGAUGACGCAUUCAUCAUAGAAAGCGACCAGUAUCCAGUUAGCAUAGAGUUAACAGGCAGACACACCAGAGGCAUGAUGAUAGUAGAUACUGUGGGCUUCCUAAAUAAGACACCCAAUGCUUUCAUCAUUAAGAAGGUAGAUCUGGAGAAGUUCAAGCAGAUGAUGAUGGCUGCUUUGAAAUAACAGCUCUAUGUGCUGAAGCUAGUCUGAAGGUUUUUGUUUUGUUUUGUUUUUUUUAAACAGUAAUUUUUCUAAAUUAUUUGUAACUAACUGCACAGUUUAAAGC